UUUUGUUUUUCACCAAAUUUUGGGUUGUCCCCACUGUAUUUUAUGAGUACUACUACUGUUUUCAUUAAAAUCAACCAAGUAACUAUAACAACUAAUAAAACAAUUUACAAUCACUUUACAUCGUCAAUCAACUCGAAAUAAUUGGCCUAUUGUUCCUGCGAAGAAGUAAAUUGUAACAUUGACAUGACAGACAAGAUGCAUCCCGGAAAGAAGCACGAAUUUCGACAGAUCCUAGAUGACAAAAAGAUUUUCGUCGGCGGACUACAUUUGAAAACCGCAGAGAACGAUUUGAGGAAUUAUUUUGAAAGAUUUGGCGAGGUGAGACAGAUAAAACUAAAAACUGAUUUAAAUACAGGAAGAUCAAGGGGAUUCGCAUUCGUAUUGUUCAAACAGUCAGAAUCUGUCAAGCAUAUCAUGCAAAUUGUCAACCACGUAAUCAAUGGCAAGAGAGUGGAAGUAAAAAUUGCUAAUGUUAGACCAGGCAAAGUUUUUAUCGGUGGCAUACAUAUUGGUUUGAGCGAUGAGGACAUUAAAAAAUAUUUCGAAAGAUACGGCGAAAUUCAGCAGAUCGAAUUUCCAUUCGACAAACAGAAGAACCAAAGGAAGGCCUUCUGUUUUAUAACAUACGCAAAUGAACGCAGUGUGCUUGAUGUUUUAAAAUUGCCGAGACACAGCAUCAAAGACAAGCAUGUGAUCGCCAAGAGAGUUAUUAACAAGACGCAUUCAAGAUUCCGUCCGAUUCCCCCGAUUUAUCCGAUAGGUUUCAAUCCGUUUAAACCUCAUGGAUAUUUUUCUUCUUUUAGGAAGUUUGACGGAGGAUAUUACAACGGUUACCGUCCAUUUAUGUAAACCUGAAAGAUCGAUUAUUGCCCUAUUUUUAUUCAUUUAUAAUUAACUGUUCACCAAUUAUUAGACUUAUUGUAAUCAAUAAAUUUCUACACU